ACCAUGGUGCUGUUCCCCUGUGAUCGCAUGGACAGCCUCUUCUCCCCGCACACGAAGCUGGUGAGCGGGCCGAUCAUCAUCGGCGCCGGGCCGUCGGGGCUGGCCGUGGCGGCGGGGCUGCGGGAGCAAGGUGUGCCGUUCACCAUGCUGGAGCGCGCCGACUGCAUCGCCUCGCUGUGGCAGAAGCGCACCUACGACCGCCUCAAGCUCCACCUCCCCAAGCAGUUCUGCGAGCUGCCGCGGAUGCCCUUCCCGGAGCACUACCCGGAGUACCCCACCCGCCGCCAGUUCAUCGACUACCUCGAGGACUACCGCGCCAAGUUCGACAUCAACCCCCUGUUCGGCCACACCGUCGUCUCCGCGCGCUACGACCAGACCUCCGGCCUCUGGCGGGUGCGCGCCGCCGCCGCCGGCGGCUCCGAGACCGAGUACAUUGGCAACUGGAUCGCCGUCGCCACCGGCGAGAACGCCGAGAGCGUCCUCCCGGACAUCCCCGGCCUCGACGCCUUCGGCGGCGAGGUCACCCACGUCGCCGACUACAAGUCCGGCGAGGCGUACCGCGGCAAGGAGGUGCUCGUCGUCGGCUGCGGGAACUCCGGCAUGGAGGUGUCGCUCGACCUGUGCGACCACGGCGCGCGCCCCUCGAUGGUGGUCCGCGACGCCGUCCACGUCCUCCCCCGCGAGGUGCUCGGCAAGUCGACCUUCGAGCUCGCCGUGCUGCUCAUGGCGUGGCUCCCGCUCUGGCUCGUCGACAAGAUCCUCGUCGUCCUCGCCUGGAUCUUCCUCGGCAACCUCGCCAAGCUCGGCAUCCGCCGCCCCACCGUCGGCCCGCUCACGCUCAAGAACUCCACCGGCCGCACCCCGGUGCUCGACUACGGCGCGCUCGCAAGGAUCCGCUCCGGCGAGAUCACCGUCGUACCGGGCGUCACCCGCUUCGGCAAGGGCUUCGCCGAGCUCGCCGACGGCCGCGUCAUCAGCCUCGACGCCGUCGUCCUCGCCACCGGCUACCGCAGCAAUGUGCCCCAAUGGCUCCAGGGCAACGACUUCUUCAGCAAGGACGGAUACCCCAAGGCAUCGUUCCCCCAUGGAUGGAAGGGAGAGUCAGGGCUGUACGCCGUCGGCUUCACCCGGCGGGGGCUCUCCGGCGCCUCCGCCGACGCCGUGCGCACCGCCAAGGACCUCGGGAAGGCGUGGAAGGAGGAGACAAAGCCGACCAACAAGCCGACGGGAUGCCACCGGAGGUGCAUCUCCGUCAUCUUCUAAGUCGCCGGCGCCGCCCAAUGCAACCCCACUGCUACUGCUACUGCUACCACUAGCAUUAGCAUUAGCAUUAACGCAAAUCCCCUUGGUUAAAUUCGUUGUUAAUUAAGAUUGGUUCUUUCUUUGCUUAAUUAUUAAUUAGAGUUGCUAGGUUAGUGAGAGAAAAAAAUGAUGAUAUAUAUAUGUAGGACACAGCAGUGAGUGAGUGAAAAAUAAAUUAAGGUUAAAAAAAAAAGAAGAAGAAGAGAUGACAAGUGGAGCCCUCUCGUCAGUGGGAAGUGGAGCCCUAGGGGAUUUUUACUGCAGCUAGAGGCGUCUGGUGUACAGAAGAACUGAGCUUGCCAGUUGAUGGAAGAUGUGGCUCUUGUCAUUUGACCUAUUGUUUCUUUGUUUUGUUCUAUAUAUAUAUAAUAUAAUAUGAUCCCUACUAUGUAGUAGUCUUGAUGAAUCUGAUGAUUAGUACUUAGUAGUAAGCAAAGAACCCUCUUAGUUAAUUAGCUAGUUGAUUACUGCCUUCUCAGUGACUGUUCUUUUGUAAUCUUUCCAACUACCUUUUUAGCUCCCUUUGUAUGACAACUCUUUACUUGAGAGUUGAGA